UUUUGGGGUGGGUGCAGAAACCGAGUUUGAGAAACCCUGCCGUAAGGCUCGGUACCGUCGGGAGGGUGUAAGUCUUUAGUAGACGACAGUGUGUCUGGGUAAUGAAUACAGAGGUCCAUUACGUCAUUCAGACAGGUGCUUUUUUUACUCAGUGUUUUCAGACUAUACAGAACUUGCAGCAUAGCUUUUAUAGUUGAUGCACGUCGAUAACUUAUAUUACGCUAACAUUUCAUUAAAUAAUCCACUGUUCAGUCUCUUGAAUAGAAUAACAUUUGCGCUUUGCAAUUGGAGACUGCUGUAUAUGGGCGGGACUUCCUUGUAGCCAACACUGUUUAUCUGUGCGUGUUGCAGAAAUAGCAGAGAGAUCUUGCACAGAGCAGAUAAGAAGUUUGUAUUACAGGGUGGUAUGCUGUUGUGGAGCAUAAUGCUGGGUUGCAGCUCACGAAGAGGAGGAAGCUGCUAUCUGGGAUGGCUUAUGACCUUAACCCUGACCCUGCCUCUGGCCUCCCUACAGAUGGACCACCAUGGACACCAAGGACACCCCCUCCACCCUCACCACCAGGCCACCAGAGGGGCUCGCCCCAAGCUACUGCUGCUGUCUUUCGAUGGGUUCCGCUGGGACUACGUGGACCGUGUCCCCACCCCUAACUUCCAUGCCCUGAUGGAGGAAGGGUCAAUAGUUGAGCAGGUUGAGAACACCUACAUCACUAAAACCUUCCCUGACCACUACACCCUGGUCACCGGGCUGCAUGCCGAGACGCAUGGCAUCGUGGGUAACGAGAUGUACGACCCAGACCUUAACGCCUCCUUCUCCAUGGAGACGCAUAGCGCCUACGAGCCACGCUGGUGGGCUGGGGCAGAGCCUCUGUGGGUGACCAAUCAGAAGCAGGGUGGGCGGAGCGGUGGGGUUAUGUGGCCGGGGUCGGACGUGGAGAUCGGGGGUGCGUACCCGUCACGCUACCUUCCGUACAACGCAUCGCUGAGCUUCGAGAGGCGCGUGGAGACGAUGGUAGCCUGGCUGAUGGGGGAGAGGCCAGGGGAGGGGGUUCGGUCUGUGCAGGGGGGUGUGGACUUUGGCGUGUUAUACUGGGAGGAGCCUGACGAGAGCGGUCACAACCUGGGCCCAGAGAACCCUCUAAUGGACGCGGUCAUUGCUGAUAUCGACGACAAGCUGGGCUUCCUCCGCAAUGAGCUGCGCAAGAUGGGUCUAUACGAAAGUGUGAACCUGAUUGUGACCAGUGAUCAUGGCAUGACCCAGCUCUCCAAAGACAAGGUGAUUGAGCUGGACCAAUACCUGGACAGAGACCUCUACACCUGGGUGGACAAGAGUCCUGUGGUGGGGAUACUGCCUAGAGACGGUAAGUUAGAGGAGGUGUACAGUGCGCUGGUUGAGGCCAAUCCCAACAUGGUGGUGUAUAGGAGGGAGCAGAUCCCCGAGCGUCUCCACUACCGUCACAACAACAGGAUCAUGCCCAUAAUUAUCGAGGCCAAGGAGGGCUGGACCAUCACCCAGAACAGAACCACAGGACCACACAUGUUGGGUAACCACGGCUAUGACAACACCCUACCCAGCAUGCAUCCUGUCUUGGUGGCGCGUGGCCCCGCCUUCCGUCAGGACUACGUGAAGAGUUCCAUGCGUUCCGUUGACCUCUACCCCCUCAUGUGUCACAUCCUGUCUGUCCGGCCCCGCCCCAACAAUGGUUCUCUAGCCCGGGUUAUGGACCUCCUCUCUGAGCCCCCCCCCCCCACACACUCCACCCCGCUGGAGGGCAGAUACCAGCCUUCCUUCGCCACCGCCCUGGGCGUGGUCCUGGGGGUUGUCAUGGUGACAGGGUUCCUGGUGGUUAUCGUCAAACAGAUGACGCUCCGACAACUACCCAGCAGGCAGAGCGAGAUGGCCCAGCCGCUAUUACUUGAAGAACUACAGCUUUAGAGGAGAGGAGAAGAGAGGAGAGGGAGUUAGGAGAAGAGAUAGAGGAGGAGAGAAGAAAGUAGAAGGAGAGGAGAAGAUGAGAGUUGGCUCCGUACACCGGUAAAGGACAGUAGCUUCAGUGUGGGGGAGGAGGAGGAGAGGAUAAAGUGUGGCUUUGUUCUGAUGGUUAUUUUGUUGUUUAUCUCAUCAGAGAGGAGCAGUCAUAAUAACAAUAAGAGCCAAUAGUACACUGGACACCAAGCAUAAUAAGUGAGUAAAUCUAGUAUGUGGUUGAGUUGUUAUGCUAAGCCGUACAGUGACUCAGAGGUUUUAGACCACUGUGGGAUCUGAGUUCAGUUAGUCAGGCUGUUGCUUUCAGUCUUCAAUAGAUCCAUGACUGCCACGUUACUACUUUAGUCCAUGUUGUUGUCGUCAUGACUACCACCUUUACUACUUUAGUCCAUGUAGUUGUCGUCAUGACUACCACGUUACUGCUUUAGUCCAUAUAGUUGUCGUCAUGACUACCACGUUACUGCUUUAGUCCAUGUAGUUGUCGUCAUGACUACCACGUUACUACUUUAGUCCAUGUAGUUGUCGUCAUGACUGCCACGUUACUACUUUAGUCCAUAUAGUUGUCGUCAUGACUACCACGUUACUGCUUUAGUCCAUAUAGUUGUCGUCAUGACUACCACGUUACUGCUUUAGUCCAUAUAG